CCGGUACAGGUUGGAAUUUGAGUCACUUAUUUUAUCAGUUCUAUUCCAAAUGGCUAAUGAUUCAUGUGAUUCAUCGCAUAAUCUGAGUACUUGGUUUCAGUGAAGCAACAGUUGCAUCUUGUUUCCUAACUCGGUUUAUCAGAAUGCAUUAUCUGUCUGUUAUUACACUUGAAUGUCACAGUUUUGUUAUUCACCCGGCAACUACGCCGUGUCUGUCUACUUUUUUCAGUGUAGGUGGGAGGACGGUUGAGUCGCACGCGGUGCAGUGGCAUUAACAGCUCAAGUGAUUGACUCAUACAGCAAAAGCUGCAUCUGUUUUUAGCCUUGCAACAGCAUCUAUAAAGAGCUCAUCUAUCUUUCCUGUGGCAGAGGUGUCUGAAACAACACACACUUUCCUGUUGCAUGAUACAGAUAGGGGGAAUCCAGGAGACAGAAGGUCAUAUAUGAUUGAAAAGACACGAAGGUGUGCAUCAUCUACAUCGACGAUGGCGUGGACGGUGGCUCUGAGUAACCUGGUGUUAGGGGUCUACGGAUUCACGCUGAUCACGGGCCUUCCCGCCAACGUCUUGGCUUUCUACACCUUCCUGCAGAAGAUCCGCCAGCGCUCCACCCCGAUAGACGUGCUGCUGCUCAGUCUAACCGUCUCCGACCUGAUCUUCCUCUUUUUCCUGCCCUUUCGCAUGGUGGAGGCGGCCAACAUGAAAUGGACGAUGCCUUACUUCCUCUGCCCGCUGUCGGGAUUCAUCUUCUACUCCACCAUCUACAACAGCACCUUCCACCUGACGGCCAUCAGCGUGGAGCGCUACCUGGGUGUGGCCUUCCCCAUUAAAUACAAGCUCAAGCGCAACCCUCGAAACGCGGUGAUAGCCAGCGUCGUGUUCUGGGUGUUUUCAAUGGCGCACUGCAGCAUCGUCUACAUCAUGCAAUACCACGACCAUUCGAACCCCAACUUCACCGAUCCCUCCAAACGCAACACCUGCUACGAAGAGUUCAGCGCUGAGCAGCUCAAGAUCCUCCUUCCAGUUCGCCUGGAGCUUUUCGCGGUGCUCUUCGUCACGCCGUUCCUCAUCUGCUGCUUCUGCUACAUCAAAUUCAUCCACAUCCUCUCCAAUCUGCCCAACAUCAACGCUAAGAAGCGGUACAGAGCCAUCGGGAUGGCGCUGGGCACGCUCCUGGUCUUCAUUAUCUGCUUCAUGCCUUAUAACGUCUCGCACGUGGUGGGAUAUGUGGGCAACUACAGCCCUGACUGGCGAGUGUAUGCGCUGCUCACCAGCACGUUUAACGCGUGCCUCGAUCCCUUCAUAUUCUACUUCUCUUCUUCAGCGCUCAGAGGAACUUUCAAGAACGUCUUCCAGGAGCUGUCGAGGCGGCUUCUCACGCCCUGCUGCCGCUCGGUUCUCUACUGCCCUCUCUUGAACUGUUCGAGCACAGAGGAGAAAACUCAGAGCACGACCGACAGCUCUCUUUAGCAUCUUGGAGUUCGAUUCGAGUGACUCUCGAAAUGUGACUCAAUUUCAGAAAAGCAACAGAAGAGCACCGUAUGGGCCGGCGUUUUUCAGUUGAACGUAAUUGCGAUGGGCAGCUUAAUGGACCACUAUUAUUGCACGCAUUUUUCCCAUUCUUUUUUCCAUAGGGAUUUUUUAAAAAACCAUGUCGAACCAACCAGCUAUGAGGGUGAUUACAAACUUUGAUUUGAAACAAAAUAACUAAAAGGGUACAAGAUCGAACGACUUUGUAAAGGGAGAACUGCCAUGAAGCAUGAAUAUAAAAUGUUAUAUAUGUAAAUGUAUAGAGAUAUAUAUGUAUGCAUAAUUAUAAUUUGUUGUUUUGAUAGCAGAGUUAGUCUUCAUUACGUGAUUUGCAGUGUUUCGUGGGAGUUAUUUGAAUGAUAUUUGCUCACUUGACUCGCCGAUUGGUGGACUUUUCUAUACAGCAUCAUGGGUUUAUAUAGUUUUUUGCUACAGAUUCAGUUAUUUUAAAAAUAAGCAUUAUUUAACAACCUUGUCACAACAGUUCUAUCUAUGGUUUAUAAGAUAUCAUUCAAAAUGAGUUUUUCUAUGGAGAAAAUGAACGGGGUUUUACUUCUGGAACCCCACCAUUGCACGCUAUAACUUAUACUUAUCACUUUUGGGUCUGUUGGGGUUCAACGUGUCCUCGACUUAGACUUUCUGGUAAAGCUAGUUGACCUUGCAUGUCUUCCUGGUGAAGCAGCCUAAAGCGGGCAUGUUUUUAAUGCACUGUCUCGUAUUGAUCCUAAUGGGAAAUGCUCAAGCAGGUUUAUUGAGUGUUUUCUGUCAGGAUCAGUAUCAUUAUCAGGUAAAUGCACCUUCAGGGAGCUUAUGCUGUCUUUGAACUGGGCUUUCAAUGUGAAGGGUGUCAUUUGUGCAGCACUAGUGGCAAAAAAUAUAAUAAUGACAUUUCACUUUUUCUCAAAUUCACAGCAUUGGUUGAUCCAGUGUUAUAUCCUGCCCAUUUUUUCCUCAUUUCUCUUUAUAAUUAAAGUUUUUGUAAAUCGCUUCUGCUGCAGCAUAAACAUCAUUGCAUAACUUUAGAUACAUUUUUCUAUUUUUUUUUUUAUCAUUUUUCUGAUAUUUUGCUUUCAUCAUUUAAAAUCUUUAUUGAUUAUUUCCCCUUUAUGUUUAAUGUUUAGGUGAAUUUUAACCCUUUAUUUUCAUUUGACGCGUUCUUUUAUUAAAUUAGUUUCAUAUCUAAGUUUAUAUUACAGUCUUUGAUGUAAAUAUGUAAUCGUUGAAUUGUUGUUAAUUUUAUGAAAGAGCAGAUAAGAUAAGCUUUUUUUGGAUCCGUAGUCUAAGCACUUUUUUUUUUUCUCACGGUUAGAAAAACACUUGAUGUGUCAUUUCCACCGAAUAAAAAUUUGCAAAAUGUACUAUGAAGUUAUUAAUGAAGUAAUGCAAUAAACGUUUUUUCAAAUAUAA